GAUAUAUAAAUCAAUAAAGCCGACAAAGUCGUAGAAUAAAAUCUUUUUUUCAGUGUAGGUACCUUCCCUGCACGUAAAGUGGGGGUGACCCUACAGUGUGGGAUAUCGUUUGAAAGGUCUUUCAAAACUAAUAGGGGUCUUCAACAAACAUUUUUUGAUAAAGUGUAUAUAUUCAGAGAUAAUCGCUCCGAAAGUAAAAAAAGUGUCCCCCCCCCCUCCCCCCUCUAACUUUUGAACCAUAGGUCAAAAAAAUAUGAAAAAAAUCGUGGAACUAGAACUUAAGAAAGACAUUAAAUGAAAACUAUAGCGGACAUGAUCAGUUUAGCUGUUUUUGAGUUAUCGCAAAAAGUUUCCCCUUCAUAGUAAAAAGAGGUACUAUCAACAGUUCAUCCCUUGGGUAAUAAUCUACUAUACUUCAAGCUCCAGUUUAGCUUAUUGUGACGGAAGUAACUACGGAACCCUACUCUGAGCAUGGCCCGAUAUGCUCUUGGCCGAUUUUUAAAUACUAAAUUAAGAGGGAAGUUAUAACACGUGGUUGUCCAUACAAAAAGAGAAAACGUUUUUCCACUUCUAAAUAUUUUCCAUUCUCUAUGAUUUUGUAGUAUGAUAUUGACACAAUGAAAAACUAGAUUUAUAGGUUUUCCUUUUUUUUAAUAAUUCAAAACAUUUUUUUUUUAAAGCGAAACCUAUAAACCUAGAAUAUAUUAUGCUAAAGCUAUCGACAUCAAAAUCAAAGUGAUUUGUUAAGAUUUAGUUAGUGGAAACCGUUUUCUCUCGAAAUGGAAUUUCAUGGAAAUAUAACCGUUUUUUCGUUAGAUUCGAAAAGCAAUUCUUCCCUCUUACCAAAUUCACAUUGACUGCCAGCUACCCCCUAGGCGGGUUCUGUGUUCGUGGGCACUUUUCGCUACAUACGGUUUUUCCUAUGUUAUCGGCUACUCGACUUUCCUAUAUUAUAACAUACUAGCUAUAGUUCGUGCCAUCCACGAUGACGCGCAGAUUUGUCAAAUCUAACCUUUAAUAACAUGACCAUACGAAUCAAAGCAAGCGUCUUACGAAUUAGAUGUAUUGUUUAGACAUUAUGAAUUGCAAUAAGUCUAAAUCUUCUUCCUCGCGUUGUCCCGGCAUUUUGCCAUGGCUCAUGGGAGCCUGGGGUCCGCUUGACAACUAAUCCCAAGAUUUAUGGCGUAGGCACUAAUUUUUACGAAAGCGACUGCCAUCUGCCCUUCCAACCCAGAGGGUAAACUAGGCCUUGUUGGGAUUAGUCCGGUUUCCUCACGAUGUUUUCCUUCACCGAAAAGCGGCUGGUAAAUAUCAAAUGAUAUUUCGUACAUAAGUUCCGAAAAACUCAUUGGUACGAGCCGGGGUUUGAACCCGCGACCUCCGGAUUGCAGGUCGCACGCUCUUACCGCUAGGCCACCAGCGCUUCACCGCAAUAAGUCUAAAUAUAGGUUUAUAUUCAAAUUUCGUCAAGUGAACGAAAAUUAGAACUGGAUGGAAACUAGCGCAAUGACUCUACGAGAACCCAUAAUCUUACAAAAUCAACGGCCACUUAUUUUAAUGUCAGGCAUCUGAAAAGACCAUAAAAGAAAAUUCCGUUGGAACCCAUCUGGUCUUACAAGAGACAGCAUUCGCUAGGAUCCGCACAGAUAAUAGAGAUAACAGAAGAUUGUCUUCACUCGUAAGAUUUUUCUUUGCUGGCGAAACAGAGAUACUGAGCUUUUGAAAAAUGGACCUUGCACUAAAAACUCUACAGAAAUCGCCAUUUUUACCAAACUCUGCUGACAAACAAAUUAGGUAAAAACUUUAAAAUUUGCAUGUCACUGUGUGACAAGGUAGCUUGGCUCAGUUAACAAUAAACUGCAACAUCCUAUGUAUACCCUAUCUUUCGCAAAUAAAUAACUUAUGACUUAUGACUAAACUUGUAUAAAUAUUCUGUUUACACACAAUUUCCUCCUGCUUAUAACCUACGUAAAAGUCGGUAAAAAUAUUUGAAUAUACCAAGUAAGAACCCCGAUAGCAUAGCUAAUACGUCUGCUUAUCUUUUUCAAAAUUUUUGAUAAGUAUGAAAUAUUACUUAUUCAUUGACCUAGGUCAAACUUUGAAGAAACUUUGAAAUUCUAUUGAUUCAUUUUCAUGCUCUGAUAAAACCAGUUUGAAUUUGGCAUUUAUUAGGUGAAAUGCGGAAUUCUAUAUAUUUAUUUAUUGAAUGAGCUUUCCAAUGGUUAUGGUUAAAGAAAUAUAAUUUGCACCGAUCUCUCGAACAACUUGCAUCAAAUCGGUGAAAACUACAUUUCGUCAACUAUAUACCAGUUGUUAUGUGGCAGUAUUUUACAUGUGUUACCUAUAUCGUCUUCGUGGUUUAUAUUUUGUAACGCACAACGCACCGCACGACUUGAAGGUAAACCUCUGCUUUAACAUACUCUGUGCAAGAACCCGCGAGAAUUAGAGAUUACGCAUUUUACCGUCGGUAAUUUCAGAAAUUACCGUUUUGGGGUAAUAUUGUGCAGUAAUAUUAAGCCCCCGAAAUUAAUAACUGGAGUCGAGAAGACCCGGCAAAGGGGGUGAUUUAAUCUUAAUGGAAUAGGAGGAACAAGAUUUUUACGUUAAUAUGCAAAACGGUUAUGAUGUUUAAAGAUAAUGAGGUUUUCUCUAGCUGUUGCGAUUUAUAUAGAUGUCGGGAGGAGAGUUGAGGUGCAUGAUCAUUGAUUACACAAUUGCAUAGAGUAUGUAAUAAUUGCAAAAUUGGAUUGAAUGACCGCUUGAGAUAAUGUUAUUUAAGUUUUUCCCCUCUGCCAAAGCACAUGCCCAACUGGGCAUCGCCCAAAAAGAGAUCGAGGUGUGCAAGAUUUGUCUUUGACUUGUGUCAUUUUCUAUGCAUUUUUGUCGUCAUUACAGAUUGCAUUUCGUAUGUAAGGAGUGAGAAGUGCGAGUGUGCACGUUUCCUUCCGCAAAAUUGGCACAAUUUGUACGGAAGAUAUCGCUUGGGCUCCUCCAUUCCGACGUGUUGCUCGAAGGGAAGCCGGUGUUGUUGGAAAGAUUUAGGUGUACCUGGUUCAAACACAUUUUCGAAAAAGGUCACUUCUGUGGACACGUUACGGUUACGACAUGGGUACCAUAUAUCAUGUUUUUCGAGUUUCAAGUAAAAAGGUUCCUUGUAAGGGUGAAGGCUUUUGAUUCAUUUUGCGAUAUCUACAGUACCUACUCGUACUUACAGACGCGGGCGACUUACGUAAAAAAAGUAGUUUUUUUCAUUUUUCAUAUUCGUUGUAUGACAGGAACACAAUUAAAUGUACGUUAAAAUAAUGUUCCUAAUAAAAUUUGGCUACUUUUUCUACUUUCAACUUAUUUUCUCUAAUUACGAGUACCUAUGAUAAAAACAAUUGCUUGGGAUUCAGAGUAAAAAUAAGAUAAAUUGAUACCUACAGAACAUACAUGCUUAAUAAACAAAUGUAGAAACUUUUUAGUUUUUUCUUGGAAACCUGACCUAGUUAGUAAGAUGUUAUGAGCCACGUUUCUAGCUACUAGAUUACACAAUCAUUUCAUUGCGCACUUUGUCAGAGGCAAUUUCUCUCUAGUUUUCCUCGAGUAAUAAAAUUCUUCGUUAUCCAAGCAUUUUCUCAAGAACCUUGUCUCCCCAACCGAGAGGAUACUAAAUGUUUUUAAAGCCUAACAAAUGUGACGACUUUGCUUUGACAGGGGGGCUUUCCUUACAGACAUUGCGAUAUUAAAUUGGGAACGGAGUUGGCGGCAGAAUCGGUAUUUAUUACAUUUCAUUUUCUUUUUUCCCGGUACCCGUAGAAAAACCAGAUAACUAGCGACGUGAUAUGUGUAAUUUUUUUAUGGUUAGGUACUAUAGAAAUAUUAAUAUUGUUUUUACUUGCUUGGAAAAGAUCUCCGCGGGAGUUACGGAACUUACGGAUUGUGAAAAAAAAGCUAUAGGUAUCUCCAGAAGGAUAUAUAAUUAUUUUUUUAAUUGUAUUACCAAUUCAUAUGAUCCAAAUGAGUUUUAAUUUUAAAAUACUGACAUGUAUCAUUAAUUUUUUUGUUUAAGUAAAAAAAUAUUUAAUUUGUUUCAUUUAAUAGCGAUUUAAAAUAUGUUUACAGAAACUUCAAUCGUGGCUGAAUGCCGGAUAGGUCUGUGCCAUCGAUACCUAACCUGUCAAAGAAUGAUAUGGCGGACGAUCUCAUGUAUAGGGCGACAGUUGAGUUUAGUAUGAAAAUUUUGAUUCCAAUGAAAUUCCGCAUUAUGGCGCGUGAUCAUAUAUUACUGGUCAGGCUUUACAAUAGUAUUAUACGUAUAAUUUAUACGUGGACCCAUUAAUAUUAAAGCGCAUUUCAGAAUCUACUUUGCAAUUAAAUAAUCAGCAGUUGUAAGAAUGGUGGCCAUUAAUAAUGUUUGAAUAAUAGAUACCAAUAGGCUUUAAGCCUAAACUUAAUUACCGCAUGGAUGCCUAGUACUAUGUAUUUAAUUAUAAGCUCAGCAUUAAUAAUUAAUACAUUAUUAUGACGGCGGCUUUUUAAACGCUGUUAUUCUGAAAAAAAAAACGCUAAUUUGGAAAUAACAUUAACUACAGACUAAUCUUCCAAAAAAUAAUCAAAAUAUACAAUACAUAUAUCCAUUAUCCAUGUUUAUCGAGAACAUUUCAAUGGGCGCGUAAAGCCAGGAAAUUAGAAAGGAAAAAGUAUAUAGCGCGCUCCCAAAACUUGCGACGGAAGGUUUGAUGAUUGCGCGGGUUUUGACGUUUUACCUCAAGAACUCUGAAAGUAUACUUCUGAUUAAAAUGUCGCUGCUCAAAUCCCUCGGCUAGAUCACUACUAUUUUAUAGUGGAAUUGGAAAUAAAUAAAAAUAAGACAUUAUUACGUGAUUUUCUUUCUAUCGAGCCGUGAAUUUUUUCAUCGCAUAUCCGCCCUACUAAGCGAAAUAGCGCUCUUAAAGGAAAAUUAAUUGCUAAUUUACUUUCUAUAGCUGAAAAUUCUAUUUUCAAAAUCAUUUGUUAUUGAGAUAGCGUUAUUUGGCUUAGGAGGGCCAUUGCCCUUCAUUAAAACGUGUACAAAUUCAAAAUAAAACCUUUAAUUUGGCUUAUUAAAUACAUGGUUACUUUUAUUUCUAAUAAAUAUUUGAUGGUUUCCAUCGCAUACUUAAUCGCGACUAUCGCGAGCAAUCAUAUAAAAAAAUAGAACAAAUUUUUAAACAGGACGCUCUAGUUACAUUCGCUUUUCACAUAAACAACAUGUAUCCAUGGGCUUAUAAUGCCGCCUACAAAUACACAGACAUGUGUUGAACUUAAGACAAUCAGUCAAACAAUCAAAAUCGCGUACACUUUGGUAAAGAAACGCGGCGUUUACUGCCACAAGUGAGUCGCCUACAUAAACUCACGUGCAUGUUAAUAUUAAAUAGAAAACGCAUAAUGCCGUAUUACAUUGAUAUUUAAUUAAUGAAUAAGCUUUUAAAAGUUUCGAGUGCAAGCUUCGAGUACAAAUAUAAGUUCGCACUUUAAAUGCUUCUAUUAAAAUCGCGGCAUCGUUGAAAGAAGGUACAGUCAUUUAAAAACGUAGUUUUUGGAUUUAUUCAGUAGGUAUUAUAUAUACUGGAAAUACGGCCAGCCUUCUAGGUACCUUGAACGGCGAUUUGGGCCAAAUUUUUUAUCUUUAGUCUUUUAGCAAUGUUGGCGACUCUGCAGAAGUUCGGGCUCCACCACCAUGACCUGCCGACGAUGCUGUGGAACGCGGAUGUCCUGCUGCGCGUCAUGGCUCUAGAUGUCGACGGCAGGAACAAUAAACGAAUCCCAAUAAUACUAUACUUGACAUCAGCUAUAGUCUUGGUGCUAUACUUCUACACGUAUCACCUGUCGAUGUACUGGUAUAUCUUCUGGCGAGGAGGCGGUGAUAUGCUCUUCAUCAUACUGCUGGUUUCGCUGUCUAUCAGCAGCUCUAUCGGCGUUGUGAAGCUUCUUUACAUGUAUUUUAAUGGCACGAAGUUAAAGAAACUCGUAUUAGAAUACCUCGAGUGUGAUGCUGCAUUGGCCCCUGAUAGUCGGAUGUUCAGAAAUGUUAACGCAACUCUCAGAAGCGUAAAAAAACGAGCCAUUAUCUUUUGGAUGAUCAUUAUUGGUAAUGGUGUCGUAUAUGUGGGCGUUCCACUUCUCAAGCCAGGGCGGCAUUUGACUGAAGAUGAGCAAAUUCUUCUGGGUCUAGAGCCGAUGUAUGAAUCCCCAAACUUCGAGCUGGCUAACAUAGCUCUGUUCGCCGGAGUCUUUCUUACCGUCUACGCGCCGGCCAAUAUCACCGGGUUCAUCAUCAUCAUCGUCGGCUACUCCGAAGCGCAAAUGCUGGCUCUCAGCCAAGAGUUACUUCAUCUUUGGGACGAUGCGCAUACUCACUAUAAACAGAUCCAGUCUCAUUCUACAGACGAUCCAGAUUGCUCUAACGGUAUUUCCAGAGAACUUGAGGCUAUAAAAAAGAACAAACUGCGUAUGGUUAAUAUUUAUGUCAAAAAUCGUUUAGUGAGCAUUAUGAAAAGCCACGCAACUAAUAUAAGCCUUAUCAAUCAAGUCGAAAGCAUCUUCAAAAGCGCUAUAGCUGUAGAAUUCGCUCUGCUAUCCUGUGGACUUAUAGCUGAGUUGUUAGGAGGUUUAGAGAACACGUACAUAGAGGUGCCUUUUGCGUUGGUGCAAGUGUCUAUGGAUUGUAUUACGGGCCAGAGGCUGAUGGACGCGAGUAAGGCGUUUGAAGACGCGGUGUAUGCUUGUAAAUGGGAGCACUUUGAUGUGAGGAACAGGAAGUUGGUGAUGCUGAUGUUGCAGAACGCGCAGAAGACGUUGCGUCUGUCGGCAGGAGGACUGGCAAGCCUUAGUUACACGUCGCUCAUGUCGGUGAUCAAGUCGAUAUACUCGGCGUAUACUGCACUACGGUCUACUAUGAAUAAAUAGGACAUUUAUGAGUAUUGAAUUUAAUGAUGUUAGAAUAUGAAGUAACACAAAAUUAGGCGCUACAGAUGUGAAUAGUGUAUUUAGCAUAAUUUAAAAAGAAAGAGACUUUAUAGAGCGUCGUGAUACUUCGUCAGCGUGGAAUGAUGAUGAUUGGUAAAAAUCCUAUUUCCUUCUCCGGACCUCAAACUUCCUCAAAGUCAUAUAGGACCAUAAGCAACCAUGUAUGGAGCCGAGUCCAAAAACCAACAGAGAUGAGAGUUAGGUCAUAAGAUAGGUAUUUUUAUUUCGUUUCGUUCUAUGGGCACCAAGCGGAAUUCCAUUGCAGGACUAAAAUAUUGGCACUUUAGUCAAAAUGUCGUCACCCUUAUUACCUAGGCAAUAGAGUUCAGGUAAGUAAAUAAGUUUCUGCAAAACUUGAUUAUUUCAGUUCUGCAAUGGAAUUCAACUUGGUGUCUACAUAAUGAAAUAUAGUACAUUGAUAAAAAUACCUAUUAUAUGAGGCAUCCUUUCAUCUAUAUCGAGUCAACAGUUUAAGCGUGCCGAGGUAACAUACAGACAGGCGGAUAAACAAACAGAAUUGUUCCGCAUUUAUGUAUUAGUUGAGAUUCAGAAGCUUCCCAAAACCGAUAUUUCUAAAGAAAGUUAUGGUGGGUACUGUAUGAUGAAAAAGAACAUUAAUAAAACCAUCAUAGGAAAUAAAUGUUAUUUUAUUUCACAUCUCUCCCGAUUUUGUCCUUAAACCGGUUAAUAAUAAAACCUAGAGGCAAUUCUCAUUUAACAAUUGUUAUUGUUUUGAUCUUGUCAUAACAAUAACAAUAAU